UUCUCCCGUGUCCUUAAAAAGGAUCCCUUCUCUCUUUCUCCACUCUGCUUCACUUUUGUCACUGUGUCUUCCAUCAAUGGCUUCCUCCUCGACCGCUGUCAUCGCUUGGGGGUCAGGAGAAGAUGGGCAGCUGGGGAUAGGGAACAACGAGGAGAAGGAGUGGGUCUGCGUCGUCAGAGCUCUCCAGUCUGAGAAAGUUUGCUCCGUCGUCGCCGGCAGUCGCAACUCCCUCGCCAUUUGUGAAGAUGGCAAGUUGUUUACGUGGGGUUGGAACCAGAGAGGAACACUCGGGCACCCGCCAGAAACCAAGACUGAGAACAUCCCGAGCCAGGUUAAGGCUCUUUCAAAUGUUAAAAUUGUUCAGGCAGCUAUAGGCGGAUGGCAUUUUUUGGCUGUUGAUGAUCAAGGUCGUGCUUAUGCGUGGGGUGGGAAUGAAUAUGGGCAGUGUGGCGAGGAACCAGAGCGCAAAGAUGACACUGGGAGACCUUUGAGGAGGGACAUGGUGAUUCCUCAACGAUGUGCCCCCAAGCUUGUUGUACGCCAGGUAGCUGCUGGAGGUACUCAUUCAGUCGUACUUACACGUGAAGGACAUGUUUGGACAUGGGGCCAACCAUGGCCUCCUGGUGACAUAAAACAAAUUUCUGUUCCAGUACGAGUCCAAGGUCUCGAAAAGGUUAGGCUUAUCGCCGUUGGGGCGUUUCAUAACUUGGCUCUUCAAGAGGAUGGAACUUUGUGGGCAUGGGGCAAUAACGAGUAUGGGCAACUUGGAACUGGAGAUACCCAGCCUAGAUCUCAACCAAUUCUUGUUCAAGGGCUAGAGGGUCUUAAUUUGGUUGAUAUCGCUGCUGGAGGAUGGCAUUCCACAGCGUUGACAGACAACGGAGAGGUCUAUGGAUGGGGAAGAGGUGAACAUGGGAGGCUCGGUUUUGGAGAUAACGAUAAGACCAGUAAAAUGGUGCCUCAGAAAGUUAAUCUUUUGGCUGGAGAGGAUAUUGUUCAGGUCUCAUGUGGAGGUACGCAUUCGGUGGCACUAACACGAGAUGGACGCAUGUUCUCGUUUGGUCGAGGAGAUCAUGGGCGUCUUGGGUACGGGAGGAAGGUCACGACCGGGCAGCCCAUGGAAGUUCCGAUAAAUCUCCCACCUCCGAGAAAUGUGAGUGCUAUUGAAGUCAAUGGGAAGUGGGUCGCGAAGCUCGUCGCUUGCGGUGGACGACAUACUUUGGCGAUAGUUGAAUGGGCAGACUCCUAAGUUUAACUAAUAUAUCAUUACUACAACAAUGAUCAUACUCUAUAUUAUAGAGAUCACGGGAAUAAAUCAGUAACAUUCUGUGCGAGUUCUGGUAAAGUAUGUAUAUUAGACUUGUUUCCAACAUUUGAACAGAUGUUGGAACCAUAUUUUAACUCUCGGAUUACCAGUGUUUUGGCUAUUUAUCUGGUACGUGCACGACUUAGUAGAGAUUUUAGAGCUCUCCGAAA